CUUGAAUCAGGAGGGAGAGGUAUCUCCAAUUCGACUCUUCCCUAUAAGAGGACCUCACCAAGCUGGUUGAAGAUCUCUUCUCAUGAAGUGGAGGAGAACAUCUGCAAGUUUGCCAAGAAAGGUCUUACUCCCUCUCACAUUGGUGUUAUUCUUCAUGACUCUCAUGGAAUUGCUCAGGUGAAGAGUGUCACUGGAAGCAAGAUUCUUCGUAUAUUGAAGGCUCACAGGCUUGCUCCUGAAAUUUCGAAAGAUUUGUAUCACCUCAUCAAGAAGGUUGUUUAUAUUAGGAAGCACUUGGAGAGGAACAAGAAGGACAAGGAUUCUAAAUUCAAGUUAAUUUUGGUUGAGAGUAGGAUUCACCGACUUGCCCAUUACUAUAAGAAGACAAAGAAGCUUCCACCUGUGUGGAAAUAUGAAUCAACAACUGCCAACAUCUCUUGUCGCUUAGAGUGA